GAAGGCUGCGGAGAGCGCCGAGGCUGCUGCGGGGCAGGGAGCCCGCUGACAGACAUGGGAGUGUUUCCCCCGACUUCCCUUUGGAGACCUCAAGCUCCCCCUGAGGCACUCUAGACACUUCCCGCGGCCCAACGGAAGGCCGCGCCCAUGCCCCGUGUCCCCAUUCUGUCCCGGGAGUGAAACCGAGCCGCCGGGCGCCGUCCCAGCCCAGCGAGAGCGGGGAAUGCCCGGGUCCGCCCGCAGGCCGCGUUCCGCGCCUGCGCCCGCUCUGGCCUGGGUCCCGGAGAGAGAGCCGCCGGGCGGGCUCGGCUGGGGGAAGGCAGCCGUAGCCUGGGCCUCGGGUGAGGGCACAGUAACCGGUGGGAAGGCUGCGUUUUCACGAAGGACUCGGGCGAAGCUGCAGAGCUGCCUUUCAGCCCUGACUCCUUGGCUUCCUGGGUCGGAGGAGAUCUUGUAAUGGAGUGGUUCUUCGUCUCACACUAACAAGAUGCCUGAUUUCCUCAGGAUCGAGGGAUUAAAGAAUGUCACGGGUUCCAUUGGGGAAAGUCCUCCUGAGGAAUGUCAUCCGGCAUACAGAUGCUCACAAUAAGAUUCAGGAGGAAUCCGAUAUGUGGAAAAUCAGAGAACUAGAGAAGCAGAUGGAGGAUGCUUACCAGGGGACCAGAAGGAACACAGUACCCAGCAGCUCAAGUCGAAUGAGAAGCGAUGGUUUUGAUGAAGAAACUCAGAGAGACUACUGGAGGUCAAAGAAUGAAAUUUCUGGGACUCUGGAAGAUGAUUUUCUUAAGGCUAAGUCCUGGAACAAGAAGUUAUAUGAUUAUGAAUCCAAUAUACCAGAUAGAUGGGGCCACAGUGGUUAUAAAGAGUUGUAUCCUGAAGAGUUUGAAACAGACAGUAGUGAUCAGCAAGACAUUACCAAUGGAAAAAAAACAUCUCUCCAGGUAAAAUCAUCUGCCCAUGAAUCCCGAAAACAUAAGAAGUCAAAGAAAUCCCGUAAGAAGAAGCAGAAAAAACGGUCACACAAAAAACAGAAGAAAACCAAAAAGGAAACUACGGACAUAACAGCAGAUUCCUCAAGUGAGUUCUCAGAGGAAACUCGAGCUUCUAGUACCAGGAAAAGGAAGCAACCACACAAGAGCAAGAAAAAAUCCAGGAAAAAGUCUCCUAAAAAAUCUUUACCUUUAGGAGGAGAAAGUGAUACUUCUCAGUCAGAUGAUUCUGCAUCUAGCAGUUCUGAGGAAAUCGAGGAAAGAGACACUAAGAAAACCAAACGGAAAAAGAAAGAGAAGAGCGUCCAUGUUCCCAUGCCUGACCCUGAGGUACAGGAAAGGACAAGCAAGCGCAGGAACUGGAAGGUGGCUACCGAUGCCAGGUCUGCUGAGAGCUCAGAGGAUGACUAAGUGGGAGAGCGGCAGUCGUUUCCCACCGACUCUUAAAAGGAGGGGGGGGGGGGGUUGCCAGUGACUCCUGCAGCUCAGGAGUCUGAGGUCAGAGUUGUCCUGCCACAGAUUCCUUUUUCCUAUUUUGGCUUGUUAAUUUCCAUCCCUUUUGUUAAUAGGGAAUCUGGUAUUUUGUUAAGGUUUCUUGAAGAGAUUAUUUUUUUUCAAUUAAUCACUUAGGGUAGAAUACCUAUACAGCAAAUUAAAGAACCCAGAAAGCUGAACUCAGUAAUGACCUGGGCACCAGUUGGAAUGUUGGAUUUGGGGGAAUGGAUUUGGGGGAAUCAAGAGUCCAGGAUGAAGGAGGACCGAAGUGUGCUAAAUAGAAUGGUUUGUCAAGGAGACCUUGCUAUUUAUACAGGAGGUAAACUGCCUUCAGCUUUGGUGCUUUGAUUCUUCUGCAGUUGGGCCCUAUAGGCAUCUAGUUUACUUAGUGAAAAAAUAGUUAAAAAAGAACAAACCUUUUCCCUUCAUGGUAAUAUCUACAGAUGACUGCUGAGGAACCUAGGGUUUUCAGCCCAAUUUCCCUGCUGGUCAGGGUCUACAGCUACAUUUAGCAUAACCCAAACAUAACAGUAACUGGAUAGUACAUGGUUUUCUAGUUCCAUUGCUGUGUAUUGCCCAAAUGGGCUUGUGUUUGAAAUUGUUUAGUUGUCCUAUCUAUCAAAUGGAAAGAAUUAGGAAGUAGUUAUGUUGCCAAUGAUGCUUUCAAAGAGAGUCAGGGUAUCAGCCAUCUAAAUGUCUGUCUUUUUUUUUUUU